AUGUCUCCUUUGCCUGCCCUCUUUUUCCUUGUAAUUUUCUUGCUUGCUUCGACUUCAUUUCUCUCCCAGAUCUGCUCUGCAGCCGAUGAGGAUGAAGAGUUGGAGGUUGUAGUAGAUCCAAAUCUCCGGUUUGAGAACCCAAGGCUUCGUGAAGCCUACAUUGCUUUGCAAGCUUGGAAGUCUGCCAUUUUUUCAGACCCAUUUAACUUCACGACCAACUGGAAUGGCUCUGAUGUCUGCUCUUACAUGGGAAUCUACUGUGCUCCCUCUCCUUUCAAUCCCAAAAUCAGAGUUGUCACCGGCAUUGACCUUAAUCACGCUGACAUUGCUGGCUAUCUCUCUUCAGAGCUUGGCCUCCUCACCGAUCUUGCACUGUUUCACCUUAACUCCAACCGCUUCUGCGGUGUUGUUCCUACCACCUUUCGCCGCAUGAAGCUGCCUCAUGAGCUUGACUUGAGCAUCAAUCGUUUUGUAGGCAAGUUCCCCAAUGUGGUUUUGUCUCUUCCUUCUCUGAAGUACUUGGAUCUUCGGUUCAAUGAGUUUGAAGGGUCCGUUCCCUCCAAACUCUUCGACAAGGAACUUGAUGCCCUUUUCUUAAACGAUAACAGGUUUCGAUUUGGUAUACCUGAGAAUCUCGGAAACUCUCCCGUUUCCGUGCUAGUCUUUGCCAACAACGAUCUUGGAGGUUGCAUUCCUGGGAGCAUUGGGAAGAUGGGCAAAACGUUGAAUGAAAUCAUUCUCUUGAACGACAACCUUACUGGAUGUUUGCCUCCGCAGAUCGGGAUGCUUAGGGAACUUACUGUCUUUGAUGUGAGUUUCAAUCAUCUCCAGGGUUCUUUGCCAUCCACUAUUGGCAACAUGAAGAACUUAGAGCAACUGGAUGCUGCUCACAACGGCUUCACGGGUGUGAUUCCAGCCACUGUGUGCCAGCUACCCAACUUGCAAAACUUUACUUACUCUUUCAAUUAUUUCACCGAAGAGCCACCAGUUUGCUCUGCAAUUCCUGGUGGAGGAAGGGUGACAAAUAACACGAUGAACUGUAUUCCUGGCAAGAAGGACCAGAGAUCCUCCAGGGAAUGCUCUUCGGAUGCUGCUCGCCCUGUGGACUGCAGCAAGUUCAAAUGUAGUGGUGGUGGAAGUUCUGGAAGCGGCGGCGGAGGUGGUGGUGGUGGCAGCUCCCCAUCGCCGAAAAGAAGGGCUCCUGCUCCAAGGCCUCCAGCGCCGAGUCAAUCUAGGUCCCCAAAGCCGUUUCUGAAUUCCCCACCACCUUCUUCAGAGUCUUCGCCUUCCACUAGAUCACAUCCUCCACCACCACCAUCAUCUCAAUCUUCACCACUGCUUCCUUUUCAUUCCCCACCAUCACCACCACCACCAAAUUACUCUCACUUUUCAAAUCCACCUCCUACUCAAAGGGUAUCACCUAAGACGCAUCUUCCGCCGCCAACUCCGCCUGUUCACUACGAGCGCAAACAAUCGCCCCCACCUCCACCAUUUGAGUAUGUUCCCAAGCAAUCACCUCCACCACCAAUAAUACAACCACCUUCAUCUACUCCAUCCGGCCAUUACUACAAUACACCACCACCACCAAACCACUACUACAACACACCACCACCAAGCCAUUACUUUGAUAUACCAUGCUCACCACCCACGCCACCAACAAAGAAUUUAUCACCAAGUACCCAUUAUGCACCACCUCCACCCCCACCGAUUCAUUAUGUUCCCACACCUAGUCAAUCCUCGCCGCCUCAUCAGGGUCAGUAUUCCCCUCCUCCUUAUCCAUCAAAGGGACAGCCCGUAAGUCCACCUCCACCAUCAAUGGAGAAACACAGACCUUCACCUCCGCCAUCUCAUGAGCAUCCGGGGACUCAGUCUCCACCUCCACAAGUAGAAUAUCAUCCACCACCCAAUGAGCCUUGUCAUCCUCUCCCUCCUCCACCACCACCCUCACCAGAAUGUAACUCCAGCGUCAUCAUCACCACCACCACCGCUAAGCCACCAUUCAACCCCAUCACCAUAUGCACCAACACCUGGUCAUCACUAUUCAAAACCAUCCAACCACCACCUCCUCCUCCUCGUCCACCCUCAAAUGAAAACACACCACUUCCACCAAUUAAAGGAGUAUCUUACGCAUCACCUCCUCCCCCGGUUAUUCCCUACUACUAA